AUGUUCCGGCGAGUCAAGGAAAAGUUCGGCGCAAUGAGCGGGAAUGCAAAGUACAAGCUCAGCCAAGAGCAGAAAGAUCAUUUCAUGAAGUACGGCUAUGUUCGAGUACCCGAUUGCUUCUCUCGAGAAAAGGCGUCCGAAUGGACCGCAGAUGUAUGGACUCGUCUGGGAUAUUCGCCCACUGAUAAGGAAACAUGGACUUCGGAGAUAACUUACAUGCCGGGUCAUCGCCAUGAGCAUGUCAAAACUUUCGCCCCCAAGGCCUGGGCGGCCAUAUGUGAGUUGGCUGGAGGAGAAGAUCGAGUUCUGGAGGAGGCUGCCAUGUGGAAUGAUGCCUUCAUUGUCAAUUUGGGCAGGAAGGACAUGGAAGGCAAAUGGCCGAAUCCUAAAGACCUCCACGGAUGGCAUGUCGAUGGAGACUUUUUCAUCCAUUUCCUUGACUCCCGAGAGCAAGGCUUACUGGUGAUUCCAGUAUUCACAGAUAUCGUCGACCAUGCCGGUGGUACGGUUGUCUGUCCAGACUCAAUUCCAUUCAUGGCAAGGCAUCUGUAUAACCACCCUGAAGGUGUGACCCCCCACAUGGUCCCUCGGGGCCAAGAGCCAGAUCAGAAUGAUGGAUUCUACACAGACAUAAUCAAUCAAUGCUCCGAGUUUCACGAAAUGACCGGCAAAGUCGGCGAUGUCAUCCUUCUUCACCCGCUAAUGGUGCACUCUGUGUCUGUCAACAGCUUGCGGAAUCCGCGCUUCAUCACCAAUCCACCGGUCAUGCUGAGAGAUUCUUUCCGGUUUGAUCGCAAAAACCCGAAUGACUUCAGCUUGGUCGAGCGCAAGACACUUCAAUCAUUAGGCGUUGAUCGUCUUGACAGUUGGAAAAUCGUCGGCGAGCGAGAAAUGGUAGUCCCUGAGCGACUACGUGCACAAGCCGAAAUGAAGCAGCAAGAGUCGGAAAGAUUGGCUGCUGCUGCUUAG